UCAGAGUUUAAUGGCGUCAUUCAUGAUUCUAAUUGUCAUUCGCCUUACCCGUUGUCCGUAAUGCCAUUUGCACAUCGCGCAUAGGCGUUUUUUUUUAUUUUUAUGUCCGUGUUCGUUGUUACGUUUUAAUCCACUUCGUCUGUGUGCCGUUCUUGUCAUCAUUCUAAAAUCGUGUUACUUUUAGUUUAACCAAUUCUUAAGUGCCGAUUGGUAUAGUUUUAAAUCUUGGUCGACAACUUAUAGAUCGCAUACUGCGUUUAUGAAUACCUCCGAUUAACGGUGAGGUAGUCGAGGCGUGCUGAUAAAUGUUGUUUGUACUCAUAAAUGCUUUAACGUCAUUUUUUAGUUAAGUACACGUAGUAAUCAAAUCAUUUCGGGACUGAAUCAACAUACUUCGUUUUUUUGUUUGAGAAAUAGUCAUUGAUAAUGUGUGACCAAACAAACCCUUACAAUUUAGGCGAUAAGGUCUGGGUCUUGUUACUAAAUCAUGUUUGGUGGCCGGGGAUUGUAGUUGAUAAAUCAACAACUCCUGAAUCGUAUCAAGAAUUCAUUAAGAAGAAAAAGAUAAUCUGUGUAGUUGGUUUUUUAAGUGAAGCGUCAAUGUAUGAAGGUGUUGUUAACAUAAAUAAGAUUGCUAUGUAUAACUGUAACAGAAAACUUGAAUUUCUCAAAAAAGGAUAUUUGUUAUAUAAAAAACAAUUAAAAAGUAACAAAGAAAAAUUGUACUUUAAUAUGACACAUUUUGUUGCUGACGUAAAAAGUUUUGAAAAGGAAAUUGGUGGAGAUGAAAAUAUUUUUGAACAAUUUGAAGAAAAAGAGGACGAGAAACCUCUUAAAAUAAACAUAAAUGAACUUUUUACUACAGAAAAAUCAAGAAAAACAAAAGCUAGAAAAUCGGGUACAGUUAGAGGUAGACCAUCAUUACCAGCAACAAAAAUAUCUGCUCCUUUACCUAAUAAGAUAAAACCUUCAACACCAAAAGCUAAACCUAAACCUUCUACUACUACAAGUAAUACCUCUGCUACUAAAUCAUAUUUCUGUUAUUUUGGUGAACAAAAUAGAUGUACAUUCAAUACUACUCGUUUUGACAUUUUAAAACGACAUAUUGCUGACCAUAAAGCUAAGGCUGAACUUAUGAAGCAAUCUGCAACAAGCAGUAAUAAUUUGAAUACCAAUACUCAGUUAUCAUCACCAACAUCAACUAAACGAAAUUAUGGAAGAAACAGAAAAUCAUGUACCAAAAAAAUUAAAUUACAUGAUGAACUCCUCAAGGAUUGGGAUUUUGAUGAAGCUGAAGAUGCAAAUAAAGAUGGAGAUAAAAAUAAUUUGGAUACUAAUACAGUUGAAAAAGAUGAAGAAAAAGAUGAGGAUAAAAAAGCUUUUGAUACGAAUACAAUUGAAGGUGGUAAAGAAAAUGACUUAGACAAAAGUACAACUGAAGAUGAUAAAAGUAAGAAUACAAGCGAAGUUAAUAAUGUGGUUGAAAAUAUACCUCAAGAGACAAGUGGUUUUUUAGAUAAAGAUGUUGAGGAAGAUAUACCUUCUCUGAGCAAAUCAAAUGAAAAUAUUUCUGGUGGAGUUUUUGAUUUUGAAGAGGAUGACAGUUCAAAUAUUAUCUCAGAUUUACGACCAUCUAAAUCUGAUUUUAAUUCUACUAUUGUUGGUGAAAUGAAUGACUCUAUUGGUCGCAAAUGUGAUCAAGAAUUUAUUACCAGCACAAUCUUGGGGUCUCAACUACAUGUUAAUGAUUCUGAAACUGGACACACAAAUGAUUUUGAAAAUGAAAUUGAAAGUAGUAAACUAUUAUUAAAAAAAACUGUUAACACUUUGGAUCAAAUAAGUGAUUUGGAAAAAUCAAUGAACAAUAUUUCAAGUAAUAAAAGUAAACUGAUUGGAGAUAAUCAGUCAAGUGAAUCACUGAUUGAAAAUACAUACUUGGAUAAAGAUAUAACUAAUCCUGAAAAUGAAACAAUGGUUAAGAACAACGUUAAAGCUGAUGAUCUUAUUACAAGUCCUGUAGAAAUACCACAGUCCAAUGACAAUGAAGAAUCUAACUAUAUGGGUAUUGAUGAUGAAAAUAAAAAAUUGUGUUCUAAUGUUGACGGUGCACAGAUACAAAAUAUUGGUGCGGAAGGUGUUGUUGAUCCUACAGAAAAUGGACGUUACGAGUGUUUGCUUGAUGGAUUGCCUUCGCCUGACUGGAUUAAAGAAGAUUCUUGGGAUUCAUUCUCACAAAACGGUCUUCAAGAAGCAUUAGAACUCCUCACUAUCGACACUCAUCAUAAUAUGGAUUUUAUGGACCUUGAAUCGUUGAAGCCCAAUCUUGUUGACACUCCAACUGAACCAACAGUUGUUCAUAAGAUUAAAGACUAUGGAAAACACAAAAAAAAUGUCCAGAAAAAACGUAUUGUUGUAAGGGUUCCAAUGCGUGAACCAGAUUUAUUGAACGUGAAGACAGAUGAAGAGUUAUUGGCAUCGCCUGAAUUCCGAAGGCUUAUGGAACUUGAUAAAUGUGUAGGUGCAAAUGCAUUAAAUAUUAGUUUUAUUGAUGGUGCUUUUAUUCUUAAAGAAGAAUAGAUAAAUAAACUAACCUUAAGGAACUGAAAAGUUUUUACAAUGUAUGUAUGUAAUUACAUUUUUUAGAAUCCUAAGUAAGGUCAUUUAAUAUUUAUCAGAUUAUUAAUACUGGACAAAUAAAGUUUGUUUUUAA